AUGGUGUCGACUGACUUGGCGAUGGCUGCACAGUUGCACGAGUUGGAAAUAGCCCUGCACCACAUACUUGCGAGCAGAUGUCUGGCUAUCGCUGGGUUCUGCAUUCUGAUAUAUGAUCACAUCCUGACCUUUCCUCAAGAGGUCGAGCUCAUAUGGAAACAACAACGAUCAUGGGUUUCCGUCUUUUUUGUUUUGAAUCGGUAUAUCACGCCCUUGGUGUUGAUUGUUGAUGUCUACGACAAAGGCGGUUUAGCGAACUUCCUAUCGCAGACUUUCUGUGUCAACUGGUAUUUUGCUGAAUCGGCCUGGAACCUUGUCGCCUUCAGCCUCAUCCAUGCACUCGUUGCGCUUCGUGUUCAUGCUAUAUGGGGCCGACCGCGCUGGCUGUCGAUCACACUCGCGCUCCUUUUUGUAGCCUACUUUACGGUUACUACGGUGAUCGCAUUCAAGUUCGAGAUAGAUUUUGCUCACACUGUCGCAUAUAACCCACUGUUUAGAUUGUGUUUCGCCGAAGUGUCGCCGUACCUAUGGACUUGUUGGCUCCCUGCGCUCAUUUUCGAAUUAUUUGUGUUUGUCAUGACGUCUCUGAAGAAUAAAGGGUCGGUCUUCCAGGUGAUUAAGGCUAUCGAGCAUUCCAAGAAUAAAGUCAAUACACCAGUUGUCCGUGUCUUAUAUCGUGACGGUAUCAUCUACUUCAUAGUAAUAUCCCUGUGCAGCAUGUUCAACAUGAUGGUUUGGCUCCUCGCUCCACCUACUCUAGUCGCUCUUUCAAAAUACUUCGUUCUGUGUAUCGUACCAACCAUGGGUGCAAGGCUUGUGCUAAAUCUCCGUGGCUCACGUAGAGAAGAUCUUAUGCCUACGAACUCUGGGAAAACCACAUCUGACGAUCACUACGGAUACGAAAUGAGUGCCAAGAUCUCCUCUAACCGUUCUCACAAUGGCACACCUGAUCGCAGCGUGGUAUUUGUGUCCCGCGAUGAAGUGCGCAUAGGCGCAUUCUCACCACAAGAUCGGAUUCAGCUGAACCAGAUCAAGUCGAGUGACAGGUAUUACCGGCUAGGUUCAAAAGAUAGCAAGUUUCAUAUCGUUUAA